AUGAGGUUGCCACAAAUUACUUCCGAUUUAGCUCUCUACGAGAAAGAGUUCAAGAGCAAGCUGCGCUUCAAGACUUCUUUUCUCAAUUCAAGCAGCGAUAACAGCCAUAAGGCUAGCAUUGCUGGGAAGGCCCAUGCAAAGGCUGCACAGCCAAAAUAUGAUUCCCUUGGGGAAACCAAUACCGUCCUUCCGAGCAAUGAUGGCAUGCAGCAGCAGCAUAGCAAGGUUUCGUCAUGCUCAAAUGGUUGCAAUAGUGGCACCAAUCUAGAUGAGAACGCUAGAGCAAACAGCACAACGAGCUCGGAUCAGGAUCCGGCCGCUCACUACAGCUACAGCUACAACUACAACUACAACUACAACUUAGGCAGUGGUCAGAACAACAUGUAUGACAAUGCCUACUCUUUGAGCUCAGUUCCGAAAACAAUCGCGGUUUUGAACAACAACGUUAUCAAUAGCUUCAACUCUGACCCUUCGUCAAACCAGGAUUAUUUUGACAUGAGCUUUGAUGACCAUGUCGACUAUGACUACGUCGACACUGACAGCACCGCUACUAACUCUCAUUGCAACGAUUGUUUGCAUUAUUCCUACAACAAAAAUAAUUUCUUGAUCAACAACACAGCAUUCAUCCAAUCUUUCUCUUCUCUUAAUUCUUCCUUGGAUGCUGGCUCCUCGCCGCCAAUCUCAAGAUCCAGUUCUCCAAUGAAGAAUUUGGCUUUGAACUAUAACUAUAGUCGUAUCGAUUCAAUAUUAUCCGAAGGUAGUCUCCAAUCCCAGACACAGAUCAACAAACUUAAGAAGCGGAAAAUCGAAAAUAGUUCAGACCCUUUCUCCACUCCCUUCAGUUUUGAUUCAUCAAUGAAUCUAUUGGGUCUUGCCAAGGAUGAGUCGCUUUCCCAUUAUAACUUCCAGUUAUCACCCUUUUCAGAAGAUAGAUUGAAGUUGAUCAAGAAUUUAACUUUGAAAGAAUACAUGGAUAACAUCUCUGUAGACUCAAUCUUGUCUCUCUUCACUUGUCAAAACCUUAAAAUCAAAAUAGACAUUUUGAAAAAAACGAUAAGCUUGAGUGACGAUUCAAUUCUGAUUAACCAUUCCAAUUUAGAAAAACCCUGGUUACUUCAGAUGAAGCUUUCCGAUAUCAACAAUAUUUUAGAUCCUAGCAACGGUGACACAAAUUACUUCCAAUUAUACAAAUGUCUUAUGAUCGAUUUCAUCAUUAUGCUAUCCUUGAUAGACUCGACUAUUGCAUAUAUUGUCCAUAACUAUCAUGCUUUCUUUGCACCCCUCUUGUACCCGCAAUCAGAAGAUGAGAUUCUUAAAAAGUUUUACGAAUCUAUGGACGUCAAUGCUAUCAACGAGAUCAGAACACAUUGCCCUUUGAACUCCUUUGAUUCGGAUCUCUUAGAUAGAUUGGCCUAUUUAUUAUGGAAAACAGAAGACCCUUCAGUCUGCAAUCAAUUCCGGCAAUUAUUUGAGUAA